UAUGUACACAAAAUCAAUUCUUAUUAUAUUUGGAAUUUAUUUUGCAAAUAUUAAUUAAAUAAUGUGUGAUUCUGAAUUAUCAGAUUUCAAUGAUGAAGAUGAUCUUGUUAGACAGUAUGAAAAUAAUCAAAGGAAGAAUGAUGAUAAUAUAGUACAAGAAAAUAACGAAGAUGAUACUGAUUUGAAUGAGGUUAAAAAUGAAGAUGAAACUGUACAGAAUAAAGAUUCAGUUGUUACAAAAAAACGUGUAUCAAGAAAACUUUAUGUUUUAAAUACGGAAAGACUGAAAGGAUGCAAAGGUAUUCAUACGAUUGAAAAACUCUAUGAAGGAUUUAAAUUUAAUGGUAAAGGAUCGGAAGUGGAAGAUCUUAAUAGAGUUAUGAAAAGGCUUGAAUAUUGGGCAUUUAGAUUAUUUCCUAAAUUAGAUUUUGAUGAUUUUUUGGAUAAAUGUGAACAUUUAGGCCACAAAAAAGAUCUUCAUACUCAUUUGAAAAAGUAUAGACUUGGAAUGAUCGAUGCUGAUCAAAUUUGCACACAAAAUGAAAUAAUUCAAGAUGAAAAUGAUGAUCAAGUUUCAAAGAAAUCCAAAAUAGAAUUAGUCACUAAAACUGUUGAUGAUAAUUUUCAAAAGUUAUUUGAUGAAAUUAAUUAUUAAUAUAAUUUAUAAUUUUACAAAUUAA